GGCAUUUGGUAAGUUCGAGACUCAUCGCGCAUGGGCCUAUCGCUUCCCCCACAUUAAUGCGACAAGUUAUCAUCAGUAGUGUUGUAUUUACACUCUCACCACCCAUCUUUCCUAUCUUCUCCAUUUCCUAUCUUCCUCUGCUACAAUCUUCUAUAACGAAAUGAGCUGGUGGUGGGCUGGUGAUGUUAGUGCUGCCUGGAAGAAACCGGCAGUUCAAGGGGGCCAAGGAAGCGUAGCCUUGAUAGUAGGAGUAACGGGAAUUGUCGGCAACAGCUUGGCAGAAAUCCUCCCACGAUCCGACACACCAGGCGGUCCAUGGAAAGUUUAUGGAGUGGCCCGUCGUCCUCGUCCAAACUGGCAUGAGAACUGCCCAGUUGAGUACAUCCAGUGUGACAUCUCCGACUCGGCGCAAGCAAAAUCAAAGCUUUCUCAUCUCACUGAUGUUACUCACAUUUUUUAUGUCACCUGGGCCAGCCGAUCCAACGAAGCAGAGAACUGCAAGAUCAACGGCCUCAUGUUCCGAAACCUUCUUCAGGCUGUUGUCCCCAUCGCCACUAAUCUCCGCCACGUCUGCCUCCAAACCGGAACCAAGAACUACAUUGGCCCUUUCGAGUCAUUUUAUAAUUUUGAAUCCCAUGAUCCUCCUUACUCGGAGGAUCUGCCGAGAUUAAAGGUUGACAAUUUUUACUACACUUUGGAAGAUGUUAUGUUCGAGGAAGUGGCAAGGAAAGAGGGAGUGACUUGGUCUGUUCACCGUCCUGAUAUCAUAUUUGGCUUCUCGCCCUAUAGCUUGAUGAAUAUAAUUGUAACUCUUUCUGUUUAUGCUGCUAUAUGCAAGCACGAGGGAGCUCCGUUGAUGUUUCCAGGUACUAACGAGGCGUGGAACUGUUACGCGAUCGCAUCAGAUGCCGAUCUGGUGGCAGAGCAGGAAAUCUGGGCAUGUGUGGAGCCUAAUGCUCAAAACCAAGCGUUCAAUAUCCACAACGCAGAUUACUUCAAGUGGAAGCAUCUAUGGAAAGUCCUGGCCGAGCAGUUCGGGAUAGAAAAGUACGGGUUCGAAGAGGGGGGGAAAAGAGCGACCUUGGCUGAGAGGAUGAAAGAUAAAGGGCCUGUGUGGGAGGAGAUCGUGAAGAAGAACCAGUUGUCUCCUACGAAGUUAGAGGAGGUUGGGGGCUGGUGGUUUGUGGACACCAUGCUUAGUGGUGAUGCUUUUAUAUCUUGCAUGAAUAAGAGCAAGGAACAUGGAUUCUUGGGGUUUAGGAAUUCCACCAAAUCAUUUGUGCACUGGAUUGGUAAGAUGAGAUCCCAGAAGAUAAUCCCUAAUUGAAGUAGCUUGUUUUCCAUUUUGCUUGUAUUAGCUGCUUCAUGUUGGUAACUUUGCUGUAAGCCAGAGUCGAAAAAUAAGAGGAUGAUGGAGAGGUUGGAUUGCUCACAUCAAAUUUCACCCAAUUUUAAUUUGUGUUGACAUUUAAGAUUAUAUCGACAAUGUGCGUUUCAUCUUUG